AUCAGUACUUAAGGGUAGUUAGUUGGAAAACGGUGUUACAAAAUAAAAACAGCCGACAAAACUUGGCCACAUAACUCAAAAAACAAAAAAAGAAAGUGCCGCACAAUUGGGUUGAUGUCAAAAAAAGAAACACACUUCUGUUCUGUUCAUCAUAUUUUUCCCACAAAGAAAAUCAUUAGUUUUUUGUAUAUGUUGUGUAUUUAAAUCAUUCGCAAAGAAAUAUAUUAUUAUCUCAUGAAAGAGCAGAAGUUUUUCGAAUAGCCAAGAAGAAAACGGGAAAAAUGAAUAAAAAUUCUAUAUAUAUGUCUACAUAACUACAUACAUACAUAUAUAUCUAGUUAGAUAUACAUAUAGAGAUAUGCCUGCCUACAUAUACACCUCGUAUAGAUAGAGAAGAAGCAAACCAAAAAAAAAAAAAAAAAUAAAAACCAUUUAAAAAAUAUUUAGUAAAAAAAAAAUGGAAAUUAAAUCCUAACCCAAGAAAAAAAGAAGAAAAAAUUGUGAAAAUUUCCAAACUGAACGACCAAGAAAAUCCUGUAUACGUUUUCUCCGGUUAAAAGAGUAACAAGCGAAAGGAAGUUUAGAAAAGCAGAAAAAUAAAAAUUGCAUUUUCCACAUCAAAAAUAUACAUACAUAAUACUGAGAAAAGGAAGAAGAAAAAAACCGAAAAUCCGAAACAAAAUUGGUGCUUUAAUUACAACAACAACAACAAAAUAUUCAAAUAUUUAUUCUUAUCAUUCUUAUUAAACCCACCAAAUUAAUUCUAUAUAUCUUAAACAAAUUAAUAUAUAUGUAAAAAAAACAAAAUAAAAAAUAUAUUAAAAAAUAUAUACCAACAACAAAACACCAAACAACAAGAAAAAAAAAUAAACCAACCAACAACUACUACUACAAAUUACAACAGUAACAACAACCAAAUAAAUAAAAUAAAAGUGUAAUGAAAAUAAAUGGCAACAUAUUCUCAACACAUACAAUCAAACAAAAUUAUUAGCAUAAAACCAUUUGUGCGGUCAUUACCGAUGCAGAAUCAAAACAACAACAAAUACAGAACAGAAUUAAAAGAAUAAAACAAAAUUAACACCAAAACAACAGCAAAAGCCAAAUUACAACAAGAACAAAACAACAUUUCAUAUCCUCAAGAUAGUUACUACUACUACUAUUACAACUACUACCAAUAUUAUUACAACUAUUGCUACAAAAAAACAAAAACAAAAAUACCACAACAAAUUACUAGGAAGUCGAAUAAAGAAAACGACAGCAAAAACGACACAACAAACGGAAACGGAAACAAGAAAAAUGUUUAAAUUUAAACCACAACGUUUUUCAGACCACAAUUAAAGAGCCGUCAUUCAAGUCACAUUUCAAAUCAUUCAUUGUCAACGUCAUCACCUCCUUACAGAAGGCAGCAGCAGUAGCGGCAAAAAAAAAUACCCCUAAACAACAACAUCAGCACUAAUACCACCACACCGUAUCACGCCCACCUUCAUCUACUUGUCACAUUUUUGUGUGUUUUCUGCAAAGAAAACCCCCUCUUCUAUCAACAAGUUGGACGGAAAAAGACAAAUAAAAAACAACAACAAUAGCAGGAAAGGAAGGACAAUCCAAUUCAACAAAAUAAAAAGAAAAAGCAAUUCAAUCACCAAAAGCAAAAAGUAGCAAACGAGAAACGACCAUAAAAAUUCACAGCCAACAAUCAACCAGCUGAGAAAGGAAAUCACACAUCAACAACAAGCGAGGCCCUUCAGAUUUGGAGUAGAUUUUUUCUUGGCCCCCAGUUUAAAUAAAAACAUUCAAAAUUUACAAGCUAAACAAAACGGAUGCGACACAUUGCAAACGUCUUUCAUUCACUCACUCGCUGCUGGCUUGCUCGUUCACCUUGCAAAACAAAAACAGCAACAACAAAAAGACAAACAGCAACAUCGCCAUUGCAUCAGACAGUCAGUCAGUCAGUCAAUCAGUCACACAAGAAGAACUCCAUCCAACGUGUCUUGUCAAACAAAACUUCAAAACAAAAAACGCAAAACUUCAUUCCUUCGCCAAGACAGGCGACGUCAGUGUGAGUGGAUUGUGGUUGUGGUGCAGGCAGAGUAGGAAGAGUGAACCGCUCGCAAAGUUCCAAAUUUAAGCUACAAAAUAUUCGGCGUUUUCACAUUGUUGGGGUAGUGGACCAAAGAGUCUGCGCGUGUGUGUGUGUGUGUGCGUCUGACCACCAUCAGCGGAUUCAGCAGCCGUCAUACCUCCCCACCACUCCCCAAGCAAAGAGAGUGUCGAGCAUAAAGCGUUGCCACCCAAGCAAAUUUAAACCGCGGCCUUACCGCGGCAUAUUAUGUCACGAGACGAUUACAAUCCUGUAACAAGCUCUGGUGUUCGAAGCCCGGGUCGUGCCAGACGACUAACGGAAUUACCAACAGUAGAUCGUUCACCAUCACGAGAUUACGGUGCACGUGGAAGUCCUUUAGCAAUGGGCAGUCCAUACUACAGAGACAUGGAUGAGCCAACUAGUCCCGCGGGGGCGGGACAUCAUCGAAGUCGAAGUGCCAGUAGACCCGUAAUGUCACAUGGUCUGGAUUAUCCAAGAGCCCCCCGUUAUCAAUCCUUGGAUAGAGGAGGUCUGGUGGAUCAUCAUGAUCGUGAGUUCAUACCCAUUCGAGAGCCCAGAGAUCGUUCGCGUGACCGGUCUCUGGAGCGUGGUUUAUACUUGGAAGAUGAACUGUAUGGACGUUCAGCCAGGCAAAGUCCCAAUCCGCUGGGCUUCAAUUCGGGCAUACCACCUACGGAUCGAGCGUAUUUGGGCGAUUUACAACAUCAGAACACAGAUCUGCAGAGAGAGCUGGGUCAACUGAAACGCGAACUGGAGUUGACAAAUCAAAAACUCGGCAGUUCCAUGCACAGUAUUAAAACUUUUUGGUCACCCGAACUGAAAAAGGAACGAGCCCUCCGCAAAGAAGAAAGCGCAAAAUAUAGCUUGAUUAAUGACCAGCUGAAGCUGUUGAGCACAGAAAAUCAGAAACAAGCCAUGCUGGUGCGUCAAUUAGAAGAGGAGCUACGUGCUCGCAUGCGUCAGCCCAACAUCGAGAUGCAGCAACAAAUCGAGGCCGUCUAUGCGGAAAAUGAUCAUUUGCAACGUGAAAUUAGCAUUUUGCGAGAGACAAUCAAGGAUUUGGAGUGUCGUGUCGAAACACAAAAACAAACUUUGAUUGCACGCGACGAAAGCAUUAAAAAACUAUUGGAAAUGUUGCAGGCCAAGGGCAUGGGUAAAGAAGAAGAACGUCAAAUGUUCCAACAAAUGCAAGCGAUGGCCCAAAAACAGAUGUACGGUAAUUAUCCACCUGCUGGAAGCCCACCAUUACCAGAUAUUAUAGGACAAUAUUACACAGGUGGUUACGGCAGCGGCGUGGCGGGUGCUGCCGCCAAUUUGCCUUGCUAUGACAUGUAUGGUCCCUCGACGUCAACGGGCUACCUCUAUGAUCCUACACUGGCAGCGGCGGCAGCAGGCAUUGGCGCAUAUGGCGGUUAUGGUCAGACCUCGCCUAUACGUCGUCGGCGUUAUAGCAUUGCUGGCCUGCCCUCGGCCUCAAUGAUGAACGAUUACUAUGGCUAUCAACAGCCGUUGGGUCCCGCCCCCAUACACCAGUCUUCCUCCUCGAAUAUUUUGAAUUUGCUCAACGAGGCCCACAAGUCAAUUUCCAGAUCGUCACAGAUACUGACGCAACAGGCCCGCCUACAACAGGCCCAGCAGGCUGCCGCCCAAACGGUGACGCCCCUAUCGCACUAUCCGGGUCGUGUGGUAUCUAGCUAUCCUACUUUGCAUCCGGGAGAUACCUCGCCGCCCUAUCUGAACGAUAAUCUAAUGCAAAUGUCCGCGAGUUUCUCGUCGCAACCGAACAUGUACUUCCAACAGUAUGGCCAGGCACAGCCGCCACCGCCGCCUGCGCCCUCGCAAAUGCAAACGGCGGUCGGUGCAUCGCGUCUCAGACCCGCCUAUUCCGUAUCGAAUCUGAACUAUCUGAAUUAUCCGUUAGGUGGCGGCAGCAAGCAAUACCCGCUGAGUAGCAGUAAUUACAUGACCACGACUGGUAGCCAGUACGGUGGCCACAAUCUCUAUACGAAUCCCUCAGAUCUGUCGCCCUACAAUCUGCAAAGUCUACUGCAGCAGCGCAACUUAAUGUCCUCUUUGCACGCUUCAAAUCCCGCCAUUUCGCAACUCUAUCAACAGCAGCAACAAGCCGCCGUCGCCGCUGCCGCUGCCCAGCAACAGCAAUCCUCGGCCUACCAGCAGAUGCUGGCCCAAAAUAUCCAACAGCAAUUCGCCGGUACGCAUCAUUAUGCCCAUCAACAGCAUCAAUUGCCCGUUAGUGCACAUCCCUCAGCAGCUCACAUCCAUGCCUCGGUGCAGCAGCAACUGAAUCCGGAUCAUCAAUUUCACAUACAUCAGCAACAGAAUCAUUUGCAAACGCAUCCCCUGGCGGCAUUGGCCAGCACCACGGCGCCAUUCCCGGCCACGCUGACCAGCAGUGCAUUGCAUGAUGUGCGCAGUUCAAUGGGUGGUGGGGCUGCGACAGGACUAACCGGCUCGGCGGCCUAUCACGACGCCAUGUUGUAUCCACCCACGCACCACCACACACAUCUGCACCAUCCGAGCACGUUAGGCCAACAACAGCAACACCACCACCCACAACCACAUCAUUCAUAUUCGACAACACCACAUCACUCACAUCAUCAGCAUCAUCUGUCACCAUAUUCGAAACUAGAUUUAGAUUAUCCAAAACUGCCACAAGAGCAUAAACGCCAAUUGGACGAAUUCCGUCUUGAAAUACAGAGGAGGGAUCAAGAAAUUUUGGCUAUGGCGGCCAAAAUGAAAACAUUGGAAGAACAACAUCAGGAUUACCAACGGCAUAUUGCGGUGUUGAAGGAGUCACUAUGUGCCAAGGAGGAACACUACAAUAUGCUGCAGGCUGAUGUUGAAGAGCUGAGGGCGCGCCUCGAGGAGAAGAACCGCCUGUUGGAGAAGAAAACGCAGGGCACACUGCAAACGGUACAAGAACGCAACCGUUUGACAAGCGAGCUGACCGAGCUAAAGGAUCACAUGGAAAUCAAGGAUCGUAAAAUAUGUGUGCUGCAGAGAAAGAUUGAAAAUCUUGAAGAUUUGCUUAAGGAGAAGGAUAAUCAGGUGGAUAUGGCCCGGGCACGUCUGUCGGCAAUGCAAGCUCAUCAUAGCAGUUCUGAGGGCGCUCUCACAAGUCUCGAAGAGGCCAUUGGCGACAAAGAAAAGCAAAUGGCUCAACUACGAGAACAGCGAGAUCGUGCCGAACACGAAAAGCAAGAAGAACGUGAACUGCAUGAGCGUGAAAUUGCCGACUACAAGAUCAAGCUGCGAGCUCUGGAAAGCGAAGUGGAAAAGCUGAACACCCGUUUGGAGCGUGCCGUUACCGAACGUGAACGUUUGGAAAUCAAAUUGGAGGCAUCACAAAGCGAACUGGGCAAAUCGAAGGCUGAGCUGGAGAAGGCCACCUGUGAAAUGGGCCGCAGCAAUGCCGAUUGGGAGACCACAAAACAGCGUAUAGCCCGUUUGGAAUUGGAAAAUGAACGCCUUAAACAUGAUUUGGAAAGAUCUCAGAUGCAGCUAGAAGAACAAACCACACUACAUAAAUCGGUACAAAAAUUAAUGUAUGAAUCUGGACAAAUAUCAUCGACAACGUUUGGCCGCACAACACUAACCACUUCCCAAGAACUGGAACGGGCCACAGAGCGGGCCGACAAAGCGGCAGCCGAACUCAGGCGUACCCAGGCCGAGCUGAGAGUCACUCAGUCGGAUGCUGAGAGGGCACGUGAAGAGGCUGCCGCUUUGCAGGAGAAACUCGAAAAGAGCCAGGGCGAAGUGUAUAGACUGAAGGCCAAACUUGAAAAUGCCCAAGGUGAACAGGAAAGUUUGCGACAGGAACUAGAAAAGGUCCAAGGCAGCAUUUCACGCAUACAUGCCGAUCGCGAUAGAGCCUUCUCCGAAGUGGACAAGAUGAAGGAAGAAAUGGAACGCACCCAGGCCACAUUGGGCAAAGCACAAUUACAACAGGAGAAAUUGCAAAAUGCAUUGGACAAGGCACAAAACGAAGUCGAUCAUUUGCAAGAGAAACUGGACAAAUCCAAUGCCGAAGUUCGUCGUCUCACAUUGGAGAAGGAGAAAUAUACCUACGACUAUGACAGUCUACAAUCACAAUUGGACAAGGCAUUGGGUCAGGCAGCCCGCAUGCAGAAAGAACGUGAAACUCUUACAUUGGACACAGAUCGAAUACGUGAAAAACUUGAAAAGACACAGAUGCAACUUGCCCGUGUCCAAAAGGAGCGUGAUCAAUUCUCCGAUGAAUUGGAAACACUCAAAGAACGCUCCGAAUCGUCACAGACCCUGCUACAAAAGGCAGCCCGCGAUCGAGAGGCAAUGCAAACCGAUUUGGAAGUACUGAAAGAACGCUACGAAAAAUCCCAUGUCAUACAGCAGAAAUUACAGAUGGAACGUGACGAUGCCGUGACCGAGGUGGAAAUUCUCAAAGAGAAACUAGACAAGGCCCUGUACGCCAGCCAGAAACUUAUCGAUGAGAAGGAUACCUCGAACAAAGAGUUCGAGAAGAUGUUGGAGAAAUAUGAUCGUGCUCAAAAUGAAAUCUAUCGCUUACAGUCACGCUGUGACACGGCCGAAGCGGAUCGUGCCCGACUUGAGGUUGAGGCCGAACGCUCUUCACUGGCCGCCUCGAAAGCCCGUGAAGAUUUGCGUAAGCUACAAGACGAAAGCACCCGAUUGCAAGAGGCCUGUGAUAGGGCCGCCCUGCAACUUAGCAGAGCCAAGGAGGCCGAGGACAAUGCACGUGCCGAACUCGAACACCACCGAGAACGCUAUGACAAAAUACAAACCGAUCUACGCCGUACCCAAGGCGAAAAGGAACAUCUGCAAUCCGAACUGGAGAGAGUAUCGUAUGAGCUGGAGAGAGCCCAUGCCGCUCAGAGCAAGGCCAGUGCCAGUGUGGAAGCAGCCAAGGAGGAAGCUGCCCACUACGCUGUGGAAAUGGAGAAAAUGCGCGAUCGUUAUGAAAAGAGCCAGGCCGAACUUCGAAAACUGCAAGACACCGAAACGUUUGGCCGUGAAACCCGACGCCUCAAAGAGGAGAACGAACGUUUGCGUGAAAAACUCGACAAAACUCUCAUGGAACUGGAAACUAUUCGCGGCAAGUCCCAAUACGAAUCAGAAUCCUUCGAGAAGUACCGCGACAAGUAUGAGAAGCUUGAAAACGAGAUCCAGAACAUGGAGUCCAAACUGCACGAGACAUCACUGCAACUGGAACUCUCCAAGGGAGAAGUGGCCAAACUGUUGGCCAGCCAGGAAAAACAACGCACCGAGCUGGAGAGAGCUCACAUCGAGCGCGAAAAGGCCCGAGACAAGCACGAGAAACUUCUGAAGGAGGUAGAACGUUUGAGAUUACAACAAUCUUCAGCCAUCAGCCCGGCUGAGUCAGUGCGAGCUUCGGUAACAGCAGGAGAGCGUACAGAGAUAGAUAGGUUAAGGGAUAGGUUAGAGAAGGCUUUACAAUCUCGUGAUGCUACCGAAUUGGAAGCCGGAAGACUGGCUAAAGAAUUGGAGAAAGCUCAAAUGCAUUUGGCUAAACAACAGGAAGCUAAUGAAUCUACACGCAUUGAAUUUGAACGAAUGUCUGCUGAAUUGGGUCGUCUACACGAUCGCCUCGAGAAAGCGGAGGCCGAGAAGGAGGCUCUGAGACAAACGGCGCGCACCGGCGUAGCGGACAAACCACAUCCACAGCUCGAGAAGCACAUGGCCCAGUUGGAGGCCGACUGCAAACAGUUGACAAUCGAACGGGAACAAUUGGUCCACCAGCUGGAGAAGAGUCAAGAGAUCCUGAUGAACUUCCAGAAGGAGUUGCAAAACGCCGAAACCGAAUUGCAAAAGGCCCGCGAAGAGAAUCGCAAGUUGCGCAACGGCCAUGCGACAACACCGGCUGCGGUGGCAGCAGCCGCACCCACACCGGCCGGACCCUCACCCGCCCAGUUGGCCGAACUGGCGGCCAUGCAGAAGGAAAUCCAAACGCUGCAACAAAAACUCCAAGAAUCGGAAAAAGCUUUACAGGCUGCUGGUACAGCAACCCAGGGUGGUGCCUCGCGCGAAGAAGUCGAACAAUACCGCAAGGUUAUCGAGGCCGAAAAGGCCAAGGCCGAUAUGGCCGAUAAGGCAGCGCAGGAGAUGCAUAAACGCAUCCAGAUGAUGGAUCAGCAUAUUAAGGAACAACAUGCUCAAAUGCAGAAGAUGCAACAGCAGCUGAUACAAGCACAACAACAAUUGCAACAGGCACAGCAGCAAGCCCAACAGGCAGCACAGCAACAGCAACAACAACCAGCACCUGCCAACAAUGAAGAAAUCAACAAAGAACUGGAGAAAAUUAAGGCUGAGUUGCAGGCGGCGACUACACAACGGGAUCAAUUCCAACAGCAAUUGGAACUGUUGGUCGAGGAGCUGCAAAAGAGUCAGCUGGCCAAUCAGGAACAAGGGAAACAAUUACAAGCUGCCCAACAGCAAAUACAGCAACUACAACAACAAUUACAACAAGCCGCUCAAGCUGGUGGUGCCACGGCGGCAGCUACCGAGGCACAGCGACAGCAAUUGGAACAACAACAGAAACAACUGGAAGAAGUUCGUAAGCAAAUCGAUAAUCAAGCCAAGGCCGUCGAAAGUGAACGUAAAAUCAUUGAGGAACAACGCAAACAGAUCGAAGCCAAACGCAAAGACAUCGAAGAGAAGGAAAAGAAAAUGGUCGAAUUCGAUGUACAGCUGCGUAAGCGAAAAGAACAAAUGGAUCAGCUGGAGAAACAGAUCCAGGCUCAAGGUGGUGGCGCCGCAGCAGCGGGAGAACUCAACAAAAAACUCAUGGACACUCAGAGGCAAUUGGAAGCUUGCAUCAAGGAAUUGCAAACAACCAAGGAAGAACACCAAAAGGCCGCAACGGAAACGGAACGAUUACUCAAAUUGGUACAAAUGUCACAGGAGGAACAGAAUGCAAAGGAGAAGACAAUUAUGGACUUGCAACAAGCCUUAAAGAUUGCCCAAGCAAAAGUCAAACAAGCACAAACACAGCAACAACAAGAUGCUGGACCAGCUGGAUUCUUAAAGAGCUUUUUCUAAACAUAUACAUAGUUAUUAAAAAUUACUCGAUACAAAAGGAAAAAAAUACAAAAAAAAAAAAGAAAUACUCUUCUACAACACUAAUCUACAACAAAACACUACAGUUUACAGUUUCUAUACUCUUAUAUUUGUACAUUUAUUAAAUGUUCUUUGCUUUCUUCGAAACAAACAAACAAAAAAAAUUAACUACAACAAGUCAACAGAAAAAAGAUGGAAAACAAAGCUAACAACCACAACAACAACAAGAAAAAUAUCAUUUAAAUCAAUUAAGAAAAUCUGCAGUAUUUUUGCCAUACAUACUCUCUUCUCUCAAUAUAUAAAUACAACUCUCUCCAAUGAAAAAAGUCUCUCUCUCUAAAAAUCUCUCCACAAAACAAAAAAAAUAAUAAAAAGAACAACUCUUCAAAACUUAUAAAUUCGAAUAUUUUUUCUACUCGAUAUUUAUAAAAGGAAAUAUUUAUUAUUAAGAUUAAAAAAAAAUUAAAAAAAUGCUAAUUGCUUUAAUUUUUUUUCAACAAAUUUAUUUUAAUUCAUUGUUAUUUAUUUUUGUUAAUUUUGAAAGUAUUCAAACCCACUGAAUUGGACUAAAAAAUACAAAAAAAAAAUUAAAUUAUCUUAGAAAAUAUAACAACAAAAAUUGGUUAUAUAAAGAAUAAACUAAACAAAUUUAUAUAUACAUAUUAAACAUAAUGUGAUGUCAUCAUUAAUAAAUAAAUAAAAACAAAUUAAAUCAUAGUUUAUUAUAAUUGUCAAAUACCAAAACAAAAAUUAUAAUAAUUAUAUAAAUAAAGGAAACAUUAGUAAAACAAAUAUUAAAAGAAAAUACUUAUGAAAAUUAUACAGCAUUAUUCCCUCAAGAAAAUAAACAAAAACAACAACACAUAUUCACUUUAAAAAAGACAACCAACAACAACAAGAAGAAGAAAGAGAAGAUGUUAGUAGUUAAUAAUAAAUAAAAAUUUCAAAAAAAAAAAAAACUAUUAAACCAAAAAAAUAUAUAUUAACAAUAAUUAACAUAUAGUAACCUCCCCCCGGUCCCCACAAAUUUGUUAUAGUUAGUAAAUUUAUUUAAGUGAGGUAAAGUUGAAUAUUAAAUAUAAAAUAACUACAAGAAAUAAGGAAAAAUUAAAAACUAAAUAAUCUUAUACAAAACAAGGAUGUAUAUAUUAGUAAUAGUAAAAAAAACUAAUAACAAAAAUCAACAUUAAAAAAUAAACAAUUUGGUGGAAAUUUAAUGAGCCAGUGAUGCAGUUUAGCCGAAAUCGCAAAAGAAGUCGAAAAGAACCCGUUACGGAAACUAUAAAGUAAAGCGUAGUCAUAUUAUACAAAUUUAACCAGCAAUAUUAAGAAAACCACUACAACAACAGAAAUGUUAUAGAAUAUUAUCUCACUCUCCCUUCACAACUAGAUUUUGUUUUGUAUUCCUCUUUGACAGGUGUUUGAUAGUCGACAACGCACAAUAAAGGCGUUCGUUGUUCGUUUGACACUUCUCUGAUAUUUCGUCAAUGAAAUACUCUUUCCAACAAAACACGAAAACUGCCAUUAACAAAAUGUUCUCUGUCUCACACACUCACACACCCAUCCUCUCUUAUUGUAAAUGUCUGCCAUUACAUUGUCGGAUGCUCAUAAAGUUUAGAAAAAUGUUUAAAGCAAAGAACACACAACAACCGACAAUGUUAUUUAAACAAUUAAAUACUGCUAUAGUUUUUGUAGAAAUCCAAUGGAGUGUUUCAUUAUCAUGAUUCCUUUUAAAGAGAACUGCGUCAAACCGUCAAAUCCAAACUUAAAGAUUUCGCUAUAUGUUUAUUAUGCCCUCCACCGGGAAUUCGUAAUUGAAAUCAAUCCAUGUUUUUCAAUACGUUUAAAUCACCUUUCCAGUUCUUCGAAAUAGAUAGGUUACAUUCAGUCAAUGAAAAGACACUGCCCAGCAACAUAAAGUGCGUUUACAUACAAAAUCCCAACCCUGGUUAAUCCUGAUAAUUAACCGAUUACAAUAAAUUUUAUGUAUAUUUUCUACAGUCAAUUUUUUUGUAAUUGAUCAAUUAUCUGGGUAGAGAUUUAAUAUGUAAACGUACUGUUAUUUCUUUCGGAGAAGUUAUGUAAGGUAGUAAUACUCUCUUUUGCAAGAAAAGGAACUCUAAGCAGAUACCACCGUAUAAAAAUCUGCAAACAAUCAGCUGAUUUAUCCAAACAAAACACAUUUUCACCGCCGUAAGAAAAAAAUCCAAAAAAAAUAUUUUAUCAGAAAUAUAAAAGAAAAUUAAACAAAAUGGGAAGAAUUUUCAAAAUGAUUUUAUUUCUAAAUAACUUCACAAAAAUUAAUAACUGUAUGAACGGGUUAAUCUGUAUGCGUGUAUAUGAAGUGGUUUAAAUUCCAAUGAGAAACAGGUGUUAGUUUUGUGAAAAAAGUAGAUGCUUCAACGCUUGAGAACAUUGAUAUGUCUAAUCUUCAAAAAUAGGAAGAUUUGUAUAUUUUUUCCUACACGAUGCCAAUCGGAAAUUGUUAUUAUAUGAAUUUUUUAACACUUUUUACAAAUUUAUAUAAUUUUUUAUUUGAAAAUGUCAAUUUCAAAAUGGCUUUGACAGUUCAUUGUCCCAGCAGCUGUAUUGGUGCGAAUACCUGUUUUAUUCUAACAUUAGAACCUUGCAUAUAUUGACAGCGGCACACAUCAACAUAUCCGAAACAUAAAUUGAACAAUAUCGAAAAUAAAUCUUAAGUCAAAAACCGAACGUGUAUUAGUUUAGCACAGUGGGCCGGCUCCCACUUAAAGUUUUUGAUUUGUUAGGGAGACUCUGUAGUAAAUCUUGUUUCGUCCAAUCUUAACACUAUCGCGGAUCAUUCAGGUUUUGUUGAGGUUUUUACUGGGGCCUACCCGUAUCUGCGUAUCUGUAUCAUUUUAUAAUAGUAUAUUCCAAAGCAUUAUCAGCGGUAUUGAACAUUUACUGGUAGAACAUACAUGUUCUCCAAUUUCUUAGAUAUCUAAUAACUCCACAGCCCAAAGAGUACUGAUCUCCUUUUCACGAAAUAUUAGCAAUUCCCAACUAUACUGUUCAUAUUUCCGUGAUUAGCUGAGGGAUUAAGUAUCCUUUUCUAUAGAAAGCUAAAAAGGUUCUAGGUUUCUGAUAAGUUCCAGGGCUUGGUUUAUUCUAGACACCCUUUCUUCAUUAAAUGGCUCUCCCGAGUUUGUCUAUUUCUCGAAUACUGUCGUCGUUUGGUGCGUUCAUCUUAACGGUAUUCUCUUAAAUCUUACAAUAUCCGCAUUGAUUAUUUCAAACUUCCUUUCUAUUUUAUCUAAUUUUUAAAUAGCAUUCACUUCUUUUAAACUCCCGGUGUCCAGUUUUCUAUGGAGCUGUCCAUCAACUUUUUUUAAGUUUGCUUCUUUUUCGGCAAUUGGGAAUUCUAUAUGAACCUCUUUAAUCAUCAAUAUAAUAUAUUUGUUGAUAUUCAACUCUAAUUUUGCAACCAAUUAAUCAGACUCGAUUUCGGAUGUUAUGAAUGCAUUCUGCGAUAUGAGCAAAUUUUCCUUUAAUUGCAAUAUAUCUUCUCUAGCUUCUAGUUUUGCAGCCAACUCAUCACGUUCGGUUUUAGCUGCAAGGAGUGCUCAUCAGUAAGUUUUCUUAUUACUGCCUUCAAAGCCUUGCUCUUACGUUCUGUCACCUAGUAAUUAGUCCUUAGUAUCCUCGGCUACACACAGAGCAUUAUUGUUUUUUUUAACCUUUAAACUCGCAACAAAUUUGAAGGCAUCUUCCAUUUCAUUUGUCAUCUUCUCUGCUGUUUUGUGCUCCAUUCGCUCGUUAUCCAAUUCAGGGUUGUUUCUUUAAUCCAAGGACGUGCUUUUUGGUCUCAUUUUGACAUUUUGAGGCUGCAUGACUUCUAAAAUGACCUUAACAUCUUCCGAGUACAGCGUCCCUGUUGCAUUACAUUUUUGGAAUGAUUUCUUAUGGUGUUUUGGAAAGCUUCUUUUACUCCAAUCCAGAAUUGUUUUUUUCAAUCCACGGACUUCCUUUUUGAGCCUGCAUGAUUUUAAAAAUGACCUUAACAUCUUCCGAGCACAGCCUCGCUCUUGCUUUCCAUUUUUGAAAAGAAUUCUUUUGGUGUUUUGGAAAGCAAAAAAAAAUGCAUAUGAUUAGGUUUCACAAAACGAGUUAUUUUGAAAAUUCUGCCUGUUCUUUAUACAAAAAGAAAGGCUAUUUGAACAUGAUAUAUCUUCAGCAUCUUAUCUCUCCUGACUCUAGCUGCAAAUACAACAUAUAACUGAGCAAUCCCGACAGACAAUUUUUAUUUCAAAAACUAAUGAAUCACCUACGUUUGUAUUUUGAUACUUUCUGACUAGAGAAACUAUUGAAAAAGUACAUUUGUAUAUAGGUGUGAAUGUCUGUCCCAAAAUGCAAAGAAUAUUUAAUUAUAUCUUCGUAUUUCAUAUUGGGUUAGGAGGAUCUCUUAAAAAAUGUAUAAACACCUUCUAAUCACCAUUGGGCAGUGAUGAUCAACAACUAGUUUGUUAACAACAACUUUAAAAGCUUUAUCUUAUUCUAGCCCUCUUGGACUUUAUCUCUUCCAUUCUUCUUUUUAAAAGAUAUUUUCCAUCUUUUACAUUUUUUCCUAAAAAUCACGCGGUGGAGGGUAUAUUGAAUUCAGACCUGUCCAAACAUAUACAUAUAUUCCUGGAAAAAAAUUGUUGCAAUUAAAAUUAGAAAAUAUCUGCUGAAGCUUUUUUUGAGUAAGCAACCAUGUUUUUGUUAUAAUAAAUAAAUUUAGUUUAAUAAGUUAAAUAGAAUAAAUUUUGUUUUUGCAUAUAAAAACAAACAUAAGCUAUCUCUUGUAUCUAUAACUAAAAUUGUAUGUAGCUAUAAUAUAUUUAAUGCAAAACCCUAUAUACAAUUAAUUAAACAAUAAAUAAAUAUAUAUUUAUUAAAUCCCAAGUAUACAACAAAUUCAUUACAUAGCUAAUAUUACUACUACACCACCACACAUAAUCAGCAGAAGAAAAGAUAAAUAAACAAAUUAAUUAACAAAAACUACAACAAAAAUUCUGGAAAAUUAAACAUUAUUUCAGCACCAAGAAAAAACACAAUAACAAUAAACAAAUUGUACAUUAAAUCAUUACCAGACACGCCCACACAUACACUAACAUCAUUCACAAAAAUUGUUAAAUAAAAAAAAACCUAACAACAAUAAACAAAUCCCACAAAACAACUAUUUUUUGCAAAUAUUUUUUCUUGAUUUUGUUUUUUUUUUUUUUCAUUUUCUUUUUAUGAAAAUAAAAAUAAACUCAAAAAUAAAUAAAAUGAAAUUAAAAGAAAUUUAUUUGUAAAUGUUAAGACAUCACUGCCAUGUUAAAGGAAAUAAAUUAAAACAGAAGACAAAACAACCACAAGAAAACAAACAAAACAACAACAAAUGAUAUCAGCAAAAAACAACAAAUUACAACAUAACAAAAACAAAUAUAAGAACUUAAUGUAUUCAUUUUUACUGUCUCAGUUUCACUUUAUUAUUAUAAUUAUACUAUUAUUAAUAAUAUUAAAUAUAAAUAAUGAUAUAAAUAUUAAAUACUAAUAAUAAUGAUAUAAACCUAAAUAAAAGACAAAUUUAAAUAAAGAUACAAAAAGCAAUUCGAAA